AUGCCGGAGCUCUCGGUCAAGGCCAUCAAAGGCCGCCCUGUGGCCGUACUUGGUGGUGGUGUGCUAGGCCGACGCAUUGCAUGUACAUGGGCUGCCGCAGGCUACACUGUACAUAUCCGAGACCCAUCUCUGGAACAACGCAACUCUGCCAUUCACUACGUUGAACAGAACGUGGCCUCAUACGCCAAAACCAUCUCAUCUUCGAAUCUUGGCAAAGCUACAGCUUUCGAAGAUCUGGACGCCGCUGUCAAGGAUGCAUGGACUGUUAUCGAAGCAGUGCCUGAAAAGCUGCAACUCAAAAUCGAUACCUUUGCGGGGCUUGCGAAAUUGACCAAGAAGGAUUGUCUGCUAGCGAGUAAUUCGAGCAGUUACAAGAGCGGAGAGAUGCUGGAAAAGGUUGAUGAAGACACGAAACGACGCAUCUUCAACGUCCAUUACAUGAUGCCUCCGGACAACAGAGUGGUGGAACUGAUGACCGAUGGCUUUACUGAUGAAGCCGUAAUUUUGUUCUACGUCGAAAGACUGAAGGAGUGUGGUAUGAGCCCUAUUGUUGCGAGGAAGGAGAGCACAGGGUUUGUAUUCAAUCGUAUCUGGGCAGCCAUCAAGCGCGAAUGCCUUACCGUGCUCAGUGAAGGCGUCAGCACUCCUGAGGAGUUGGAUCGCGUUUGGGUGGAGAUGUUCUCUGGAGGGAAAGCCGGUCCUUGCGGUAUGAUGGACGCUGUUGGUCUGGACACCGUCGCCUUUAUCGAACAACACUACGUCAAGGAGCGUGGACUACCGACCAAAGACACCGUCGACUUUCUACAAACUAACUUCAUCGACAAAGGCGCACUCGGUGGCAAGAGUGGAAAGGGUGGAUUGUACCCUGCUGGAUAUACCACCAAGUCAAGUGGUGAAGGGUCCAGUCAUCAUGACAACCUGCACUCACCAACUUUGUAUUACCUUGAUCUUGGGAUGAAUGCCACGGAGGACAUCAUGCAUGCAGGCAAGAUCGUAGCUCAAUCAGCAUCAGGGAAAGAACCCAAGACACUGGUUUCGAAUCUGACCCUGCCUGAUGGCCUAGACAUCUCAGUCAAGGACAAUCGCAUCUACUGGACCAAUAUGGGCAUCCCGAGCGAAAACGAUGGAAGCAUCCAAUCGUGUAGGCUCGACGGCUCGGACGUUAAAGAAGUCGUAAAGAAAGGAGACGUACACACUCCGAAACAACUCAUCGUCGAUCAACAAAACAACAAGCUUUACUUCUGUGACCGCGAAGGCCUACGAGUUAUAAGAUGCAAUCUCGAUGGCAGCGAACAAGAAACACUGGUCCAAAGAGGCGACUGGAAGAUCAAAGAAGAUACCCAAGACAGUCUAAGAUGGUGCGUUGGCAUCUCCGUAGACAACCAGAGAGGCUACCUCUACUGGACGCAAAAAGGAGCAAGCAAAGCCGGCAAAGGCAGAAUCUACAGAGCCAAGCUUGAAAUACCUUCCGGCCAAACCGCCACCACCAGAUCAGAUAUCGAGACCGUCCUGACCGGUCUCCCUGAGCCAAUCGAUCUCGAACUCGACGAGGAAGCUGGCAAACUAUUCUGGACAGAUCGUGGCGAUCCGCCCAUGGGCAACACCAUCAACAGCAUCGACUUGCGCGACCUUACGCAUGUCGAAGACGCGAGCGAUAAUCCGAGGUACAACGUUCUUGCCCACAACAUGCACGAAGCAAUUGGCAUCAAGCUUGAUAAGAGAAACCAACAUAUUUACGCUACCGAUAUGGGUGGUUUCGUGUAUAGAUUCGACAUGGAUGGUCAGAACAAGAAAAGGAUUGUUGAUGCCGAGGAGAGGGCAUUCUCUGGCAUCACUCUAGCACAUGUAUAG